AGCAAAGGCCACAGCGUGCCUGUGAUUCUGUGAUCCUCUUCUGCUGUCAACUCUCACGGUGCCUUAAAACCCAAACAACGGGGAAGUGUAUCAUUAACUGUAAACCGAGGAAAAAGGGUAAAUGAAAAGAGCAACAAUGGUGCAACCUUCUUCAACAUUUGUUAACAUCAACAAGAAAAACCUCUGGGUUUCACUUGCGAUCGCUGUGCUUUCGCUUUGUUUUGUGCCCAUUAACGUCUCCGCCGCCGUCAGGCGACAUCCUCCGCAACAGCAUCAUCUAUCGCGGAAGCCGUCGCCGAAGCUUAGGUUUGGCCGGAACGGAGAGUUCAAGAUACUUCAAGUGGCGGACAUGCACUACGCUGAUGGUAAAACGACACCGUGUGAAGAUGUGUUGCCUAGUCAAGUUGAUGGUUGCUCUGACCUUAACACGACGGCAUUUAUCCACCGCAUGAUUGAAGCUGAGAAACCCAAUUUCAUCAUUUUCACUGGGGAUAACAUCUAUGGAUUCGAUUCCAAGGAUUCGGCGAAAUCAAUGGAUGCAGCAUUUGCCCCUGCAAUUGCUGCUAGAAUUCCAUGGGCUGCUGUUUUGGGGAACCAUGACCAAGAAGGCACAUUAUCGAGGGAAGGCGUUAUGAAACACAUUGUUGGAUUGAAUCAUACUUUGUCUCAAUUCAAUCCUUCUGAAUUACAUGUUAUUGAUGGUUUUGGCAACUAUAACCUAGAGGUCGGUGGAGUCGAAGGGUCCGGUUUUGUAAACAAAUCUAUUCUCAAUCUCUACUUCCUUGACAGUGGAGAUUACUCGACGGUUCCAGCUAUCCCGGGUUAUGGUUGGAUUAAACCCUCUCAACAGUUAUGGUUUCAACGUACUUCUGCAAAGCUUCGGAGAGCUUACAUGAGCCCACCAAAUGCUCAAAAAUCAUCUGCACCUGGACUUGUUUAUUUUCACAUACCGUUGCCUGAAGUUGCAAGUUUUGACUCAACGAACUUCACUGGGGUGAGACAAGAAGACAUUGGCUCUGCUUCCGUGAACUCGGGUUUCUUCACAACUUUGGUAGAAGCUGGGGAUGUGAAGGCUGUAUUUACUGGUCAUGAUCACGUCAACGAUUUUUGUGGCCAAUUGACUGGUAUACAACUGUGUUAUGGUGGUGGUUUUGGAUACCAUGCUUAUGGGAAAGCUGGAUGGCCUAGGAGAGCUAGGGUGGUGGUAGCGUCUUUAGAGAAGACUGAGGAAGGAGGUUGGGGUACUGUCAAGUCAAUUAAGACGUGGAAGCGCCUUGAUGAUAAACAUCUCACUGCCAUUGACGGGGAGGUCCUUUGGAGCAAGAAACAUACUGGUACUCGUAGAAAGAAACAUAUCAAUGGCAGUCCUGCUUGAACUUCGGGAACAGACCAACUGACAGUAUUAUUACAUUAUUGUCUCGGAAUAUUUUGAUCUCAACCGGCUUUCAAGUUUCGGACUACUAUGCAAAAUGGAGUUUAGCUUGUGUAAAAUGGUUUACGGACUUGAAGGACUUGCAGUCAAUGGUGCUGUGCUGGUUUCUAAUAAUCCUACGAAUUGUGAUUGUUUACAUAUGAAACAUUGCUUUAAAAGUUCUAUUCUUGUUUUGUUUUUUUUUUUUUAAUAUUUUUUGGGUAAAAAAUAAGGGAAAUCUUAUGUUAGAAUGGAAUAUUUCGACUAAAAUAUGUAUCUUUUGAAAGUAUAAAUAAUUUUGUUUGGCCUUUUCUUCAA